AUGAAGACGUUACCGUUAUUUCUUACUGUGGCACUUCUGGUUGUAGACGUUUUCUCACGACAAGGAGAAGAUGGUAAGAAAGAUGAUGUACAUGGUUCGGACGAUGAAAAAAGUACGAAAUAUGGAACAAUCAUUGGAAUCGAUCUUGGCACUACAUAUAGCUGUGUUGGAGUCUAUAAAAAUGGACGAGUGGAAAUUAUUGCAAAUGAACAGGGUAAUCGGAUCACUCCGUCAUACGUAGCAUUCACUGGUGAAAGCGGUGAGCGUCUUAUUGGUGAUGCAGCCAAAAAUCAGUUAACAACAAAUCCGGAAAAUACUGUUUUUGAUGUUAAACGUCUGAUUGGCCGAGAGUACAAGGAUUCAACUGUACAACAAGAUAUCAAACAUUGGCCUUUCGCUGUUAUGGAUAAAGCGAACAAACCAAUGGUACGAGUGGCAGUUGGCAAAACCGAAAAAACCUUCGCACCGGAGGAGAUUUCAGCAAUGGUUCUUGGCAAAAUGAAGGAGAUCGCAGAAGCAUAUCUAGGAAAGGAAGUAAAACAUGCAGUUGUUACGGUACCUGCUUACUUUAAUGAUGCACAACGUCAAGCUACCAAAGAUGCAGGUACUAUUGCCGGCCUCAAUGUUGUUCGUAUCAUCAAUGAACCUACAGCUGCCGCUAUUGCAUAUGGAUUGGAUAAGAAGGAAGGUGAACGCAAUAUUCUUGUUUUCGAUCUUGGUGGUGGUACAUUUGAUGUGUCGAUGUUGACAAUUGAUAAUGGUGUUUUCGAAGUAUUGGCUACUAAUGGUGAUACUCAUUUGGGUGGUGAAGAUUUUGACCAGCGAGUUAUGGAACAUUUCAUUAAAGUGUUCAAGAAAAAGACUGGCAAGGAUUUACGAAAAGAUACUCGUGCUGUGCAAAAAUUACGACGUGAAGUAGAAAAGGCUAAACGAGCAUUGUCUACACAGCAUCAAGUACGGCUAGAAAUCGAAUCGUUGUAUGACAACGAAGAUUUCUCUGAAACAUUAACAAGAGCUAAAUUUGAGUCAUUGAACAUGGAUUUGUUCCGUUCAACAUUAAAACCAGUGCAAAAGGUUUUGGAAGAUUCUGAUAUCCAGAAAAAAGAUGUCGAUGAAAUUGUUCUUGUUGGUGGUUCUACACGUAUUCCUAAAGUGCAGGAACUUCUUAAAGAGUUCUUUAAUGGAAAGGAACCAUCGCGUGGUAUUAAUCCAGAUGAAGCUGUGGCAUAUGGUGCAGCAGUUCAGGCUGGUGUUAUUUCGGGCGAAGAAAGUACUGGUGACAUUGUAUUGUUGGAUGUGAAUCCUUUAACCCUUGGUAUUGAAACAAUUGGUGGUGUUAUGACCAAACUCAUUCAAAGGAACACUGUUAUUCCUACCAAGAAGAGUCAGAUCUUCUCUACGGCAGCUGAUAACCAGCCAACAGUCACUAUUCAGGUUUAUGAAGGUGAGCGACCAAUGACAAAAGACAACCAUAUCUUGGGCAAAUUUGAUUUGACCGGUAUCCCACCUGCACCACGAGGUGUACCACAAAUUGAGGUUACGUUUGAAAUUGAUGUGAAUGGCAUUCUACAUGUCACAGCAGAGGAUAAGGGUACUGGAAACAAAAAUAAAAUUACGAUCACAAAUGAUCAUAAUCGAUUGUCACCAGAAGAUAUUGAAAGGAUGAUAAAUGAUGCAGAGAAAUUCGCCGAUGAAGACAAGAAGGUGAAGGAACAGGUGGAGGCAAGGAACGAAUUAGAAAGUUAUGCAUAUUCACUAAAGAACCAAAUUGGUGAUAAAGAUAAAUUGGGUGGUAAAUUGGAUGAUAGUGACAAGAAGACGAUUGAAACUGUCCUCGAUGAUGCGAUAUCAUGGCUUGAAAGCCACAGGGAUGCAUCUGUUGAGGAAUUGCAAGAGCAUAAGAAAGAAUUGGAAAGUAAAGUACAACCGAUUAUUAGCAAGUUGUACAAGGAUCAGGGUGCGCCAGCACCAGAAGGUGCUGCACCAGGCGAAGAUAAGGAUGAGCUUUAG